UUGGGGAGCCAGGGAAAAAAGCCCCCCACCCAACCAAACAACUGGUGGCCACUGAUUCUUUGAUUCCUCAAAGCAGCCCGCCCUUGGCUACAAACGUAAUCAAGAAGAACCAGUAUGGGAUCUCUCAUCUCAAAACCGUUGGAAAGUCGUGAACUGGAAAAGAUGAAGGCAGCUUUGGAGAAUAACAGUCUCUCGGAAGUGAUAGGCCAAAGUAACAUUAACUUGAAUUUGUUGAAGAACACCACUUUAGACAUCGCCAUCACAGGAGAGUCGGGUGCUGGGAAAUCAGCGCUUGUCAAUGCCCUGCGAGGAAUGACAGACUUUGAAGAAGGUGCAGCUGAGACUGGCAUCACAGAAACUACAGUGGAGUCAAAGGGAUAUCCACAUCCCACAUCCCCCAAAGUAACAAUAUGGGAUCUUCCAGGAAUUGGGACACUUAACUUUAAAGCAAAAGAAUACCUGCAGAUGGUAAAAUUUGAAAAAUAUGAUUUCUUCAUGAUCCUUUCCUCCGAACGCUUCACCGAGAAUGACGUGCUCCUGGCCCGUGAAAUCCAAAAGAUGAAGAAGACGUUUUACUACGUGCGCACCAAAGUGGAUGUCAGUGUAGAUUCUGAAAAAAGCAGGCCAAACUUUAGUGAGGAAGAAACUCUCAAGAAGUUAAAGAAAUAUUUGUGUGAUGGUCUGAAAACAGCAGGAGAACCUAAUCCAAGGGUUUUCCUGAUCUCCAGAAAGGAUUUGAAUAUGUAUGAUUUCCCACUCUUGCGAGAGACCUUAGCAAAUGACCUGGAUGAUCUCAAGAGGUAUGCCUUAAUUACAACAAUGCCAAAUUUAUCAAGAGAAGUCCUGAAGAAGAAGAAGAUCACUGUGGAGGCCCUUAUAUGGACAGCAUCCCUUGUGUCUGGUAGUGUUGGGGCAAUUCCUGUCCCUGGGGUCUCUACUGUUUGUGAUCUUGGCAUCUUGGUGGGAACAAUGAUAGAUUUAUGCAAGGUGUUUGGCUUGGAUGAGGAUUCUCUCUGUAGAUGUGCGAGCCGAGUUGGCAAACCUGUUGAUAUGUUGAGAUCGGCUAUUGAGAAGUCCAGAGUGGCUAACAAGAUCACACCUGCAUUUGUAAUGGAUCUUUUGCAGAAGUCAACUCUGUUUAAAACAAUGACAGCAGCAGAACUUGUUCUUGAUUAUAUACCUGUGUUGUGCUCUGUAUUUGGUGCAAUUGGUUCAUUUGCCACUACAUUCUACAUGCUGACGAAGUUCGUGAAAAAUCUUGAAGAAGAUGCUGCAAAUGUUCUGGAUAUAGCUGCUGAGCAUUAAGACUUUCAACUAAAGACCCUAAAC